GCCGCAAAGGAGGCGAGCACCAGAUACCCGCAGCAGUGCGCGAUUCUUUCCCCCGCAUCGCCCGCUCCCUGGCUCUUCUGAUUUCGUGUCUAAGGGCUCUAAGGUCUCGUCACCCUAGCGAGCCAUUCGUUUUCCCUUCUCUGUGUGAUGAGAAGUCGGGUCCAUGGGACGAGAGCUAUUUUAUAACCAGUGAAACGCUGGAUGGUGGAUGUCGUAGCGCCUUUUGGAAAUGCAAAAGACGAUGAAUCUGACGGGCUUGCUAUUGCCCGUACUGUGGGGGAUGUCGUUUGCUGGAUCUCCAAGCGUCCAAAUAGGUGGUCUGUUCCCUCGGGGUGCGGAUCAGGAAUACAGUGCUUUCCGUAUCGGAAUGGUUCGGUUCGGUACGGCUGAGUUCCGCCUUACACCCCAUAUAGACAACCUGGAGGUGGCCAACAGCUUCGCCAUCACCAACUGCUUUUGUUCUCAGUUUUCCCGAGGGGUAUAUGCCAUUUUUGGGUUCUACGAUAAGAAGUCAGUGAACACUAUCACGUCGUUCUGUGAAACGCUUCAUGUAUCGUUCAUCACACCAAGUUUCCCUGCGGACGGCCUCAAUCAGUUUGUGCUGCAAAUGCGUCCUGAUAUCAAGGGUCCACUCAUCAGCCUGGUGGAGUACUACAAAUGGGAGACCUUCGCCUACCUGUAUGAUGGGGACAGAGGGCUGUCAACCCUGCAGGCUGUCUUGGACACUGCAGCAGAGCGAAAAUGGCAGGUCACUGCUAUAAAUGUGGGUAACCUGAAGGAUGAGAGAAAAGAUGAGGCCUAUCGCUCACUAUUCCAGGACCUAGAAAACAAAAAAGAGAAGAGGGUAAUUUUAGACUGUGAACAGGACAAGGUGAAAGACAUCAUGGAGCAGGUCAUCACAAUCGGCCGCCAUGUGAAGGGUUACCAUUACAUCAUUGCCAACUUUGGAUUCCUUGAUGGCGAUUUGUCAAAGAUACAGUAUGGUGGAGCUAAUGUGUCAGGCUUUCAAAUAGUGGACUUUGAUGAUCCAAUUGUCGCAAAGUUUGAUCAGCACUGGGAAACCCUAGAGGAGAAGGAGUAUCCAGGUGCAGACAGCAGGAUCAGGUACACCUCUGCACUGACGUACGAUGCAGUGCAAGUGAUGACAGAGGCCUUCAAGUUUCUACACAAGCAGCGUAUUGACAUCACGCGCCGUGGUAACAAUGGAGAUUGCCUGGCCAACCCUGCAGUGCCUUGGUCCCAGGGAGUGGAGAUUGAACGAGCUCUUAAACAGGUUCGUGUGGAUGGCCUAACUGGGAAUAUCCAAUUUGACCAAUACGGGAAGCGAGUGAAUUACUCUGUCAAUGUCAUGGAGUUGAAGAACAGUGGACCAGUAAAGAUUGGCUACUGGAAUGAGGUAGACAAAAUGGUUGUGACUAAGGUUGGCCCAUCCAGCAAUGACAGCAUGGGGAUGGAGAACAAGACUGUUGUCGUGACAACCAUCCUGGAAGCACCAUAUGUAACGCUAAAGAAGAAUUCUGAGCUGUUUAUGGACAAUGAUCGCUAUGAAGGUUACUGUGUGGACCUAGCUGCGGAAAUCGCCAAGCACUGUGGAUUCAAGUACCAGCUAAGAAUCGUGGGAGAUGGGAAAUACGGGGCAAGAGAUGCUGAGACCAAGAUCUGGAAUGGAAUGGUGGGAGAACUGGUAUACGGGAAAGCAGAUAUAGCAGUGGCUCCUCUGACCAUCACGUUGGUGAGAGAGGAGGUGAUUGACUUCUCCAAGCCCUACAUGAGUCUGGGUAUCUCUAUCAUGAUCAAGAAGCCCCAGAAGUCCAAACCUGGUGUCUUCUCCUUCCUGGACCCGCUGGCCUAUGAGAUCUGGAUGUGCAUCGUGUUUGCCUACAUCGGUGUGAGCGUGGUGCUCUUCCUGGUCAGUCGCUUCAGCCCCUAUGAGUGGCACAUCGAAGAGCUGGAGGAUGGGCAGCUUGGACAGAGUGAAUCCACCAACGAAUUUGGGAUCUUUAAUUCUCUCUGGUUCUCCCUGGGGGCCUUUAUGCGGCAGGGAUGCGAUAUUUCACCAAGGUCCCUGUCAGGGCGUAUCGUGGGUGGUGUGUGGUGGUUCUUCACCCUCAUCAUCAUCUCCUCCUACACGGCCAACCUGGCUGCUUUCCUGACGGUAGAGCGCAUGGUGUCUCCCAUCGAGAGCGCUGAAGAUCUGGCCAAGCAGACAGAGAUCGCCUACGGGACCCUGGAUGCUGGAUCUACAAAAGAGUUUUUCAGGAGGUCUAAGAUUGCCCUUUUCGACAAGAUGUGGCAAUACAUGAAGAGUGCCGAGCCCUCUGUGUUUGUCAAAAACACAGUAGAGGGUGUUUUGCGAGUCCGAAAAUCCAAGGGGAAGUAUGCCUACCUGCUGGAGUCCACCAUGAACGAGUACAUCGAGCAGCGCAAGCCCUGCGACACCAUGAAGGUCGGCGGUAACCUGGACUCCAAGGGAUACGGCAUCGCCACGCCCAAAGGAUCGGCAUUAAGAAAUGCGGUAAACCUUGCAGUGCUUAAACUCAAUGAACAAGGGCUGUUGGACAAAUUGAAAAACAAAUGGUGGUACGACAAAGGAGAGUGCGGCAGCGGGGGCGGCGAGUCAAAGGAGAAGACAAGUGCCCUCAGCCUGAGUAACGUGGCGGGGGUCUUCUACAUCCUGGUGGGCGGCCUGGGCCUGGCCAUGCUGGUGGCCCUGGUGGAGUUCUGCUACAAGUCGCGCGCCGAGGCCAAGAGACUGAAGGUGGCCAAGAGUGACAGCCUGCACGCCACUUCCUCGCAGAAUUCUCAGAAUUUUGCCACUUAUAAGGAAGGGUACAACAUGACCUUUACAGAUGCGAUGAGGAGUAAAGCCAGGCUGUCAAUCACUGGAAGUAUGGGGGAGAAUGGAAGAGUGCUGACGACGCCAGACUUCCCCAAAGCUGUCCACAGCGUUCCCUACAUACGGCCUGGCAUGGGGAUGACCCUCAGCAUGAGUGACCUGUCCUGAGUGCCUUACA